UUGCCGCCCACUGCCUCUUCGCCUACGAAACCCAGCACAUCUAGUAGUGUUAAGCCUGUUAUAACAACUAAAUCUGAUUUACGUACGAAACCUCAUACCACUACUGAAUCAAAUUCGACAGUUACCUCAGAUGAUUAUUCUUCAACAACCCAAGUGACAAUACCUUACUCUACUAGUAAAACAACAGAGUCUAAAACUGAUACUACAAAAGAUGUAUAUACAACAACAGAAGUUAGUUUAUUACCUACUGUAAGAACAUUACCAACAGAGAAAACCAAAAGGACUCUUCCUCCUUAUGUAACAACUACCAACAAUCCUUGUCAUUUGAGUACUGAAAAACCAGUCAAACCUCAACUUCCCGAAUGUGGUGUAGAUGACAGAUUUGUUUACCCAGACUUCGAUGACUGCAAUUUUUACUUCAAUUGCUUUGGUGGCGUCAUGAAGAGACUCAAUUGUAAAGCUAACUUUGGAUUUAGUCCUCACGUAAUGAGAUGUCUCCCUAUUGAGAAAGUUAACUGUAACUUAUAUAAAUCAGCUUUAGAGCAGAGAUUAUAUUCAAUUAACUUCGUCCUCUUCAACGCUCUUUCGAAAGUAACGAAUCUACAAACUAGGAAAAAAAAUGAUGAAGAAUAA